AUGCCUCGCGCUACAAAAUCCUCAGGAAAGUCGCGCCACGACCCCCUGCUCGUCCAGCUCGACGAGGAUGAGGCUCACGCUAGAUACGGACGCAUUUCUCAGCCAGGAAAGCGCAAAAAAUCAGCUCGCUCGGCAGACCCAGACGACGACGACGCAGAGGUUAUCCUCGACCCUAAAACAUCGCGGCGAAUCUUCGAAUUGGCAAAAGACCAACAAGAUGAACUCGAAAUGCCGGACGAUGCAGAUGUUGCGGAGGAGGACUUGGAAGAUACAAGACAAGUCUUGUCCAAACCCCGAGCCCAGGUCGCUUUCGACGACGAAGACGACGAUGAUCAUUUUGACGAAACUGGAGAGGAGAUAGAGGUGGAAUAUGAAAUAGAUGCUGGAGAUAUGGAAACGCUAGACGCCCUUCUCCCCGCCAAUGCUGGAGAACGUAAAACCUUGGCAGAUCUUAUUUUUGCCAAAUUGGACAGUGGAGAAGUGACUUCGACUGCUGCGAUUCAAAAAGUUCAUCAAGACCGAGAGGCGCCUGAUCCUGCCGCUGGAUUAAAUCCAGCAGUCGUAGAGGCUUAUACCAAAAUUGGACUUCUUUUACGGGGAUACAAAUCUGGCCCCCUACCUAAACUUUUCAAAGUUAUUCCUUCUCUCCCGGCUUGGGCGCGAAUGCUCGCUCUCACACACCCUGAAAACUGGUCACCUCACGCCUGUUAUGCUGCCACAAAAAUCUUUAUUUCCAAUAUGAAACCCGCUCAGGCACAACUGUUUCUCGGAGUGGUUCUGUUGGAUGCUGUCAGAGAGGAUAUCCGAGAGAACAAAAAAAUGAACGUGCAUUAUUACCAAGCUUUAAAAAAAUCAAUGUACAAACCUGGUGCUUUCUUUAAAGGAAUUAUCUUUCCCCUACUUGACCAAGGUUGUACGUUAAAGGAGGCCACAAUUAUUGCCUCUAUCCUUGCCAGGACAAAGGUUCCCGUCUUGCAUGCCUCUGCUGCUCUUCUACGCAUCGCAGAAAUGGAUUACACCGGCCCUAAUUCCCUAUUCAUCCGCGUGUUGAUCGAUAAAAAGUUCGAGCUUCCCUAUAAAGUGGUGGACGCUCUCGUGUUCCACUUUAUCCGAUUGUCAAACUCGUACAAAGCCAAAACACGAGGGGACGCUCAAAAGCUCCCCGUUUUGUGGCAUCAAAGUCUACUAGUAUUCGCUCAAAGAUAUGCUUCUGACCUGACGCCGGACCAAAAGGAUGCCUUGCUAGACGUUAUUCGAGCAACACCCCACCCUCAAAUCAGCCCUGAAAUUAGACGUGAAUUGGUCAACUCUGUAGUAAGAGGAGCGCCAAGAGUCGAUCAGGACCAGGAUGUGGUGAUGUCUUGA